AUGGAAUCUGGAGGUUUCCAUGGCUAUCGCAAGCUCCCUAACACUUCUUCUCCAGGGUUGAAGCUAUCUUCGUCGGCGUCAUUACCGGAGACGAUGAACAAUAACAACAACAACAACCACUCAUCGUCCUCUUCCACCGCCGUAGACGACAGUGAAUGCAUCGUGAGGGAGCAAGACAGGUUCAUGCCGAUCGCCAACGUCAUCAGAAUCAUGCGCAAGAUCCUCCCUCCACACGCCAAGAUCUCCGACGACGCCAAGGAGACCAUCCAGGAAUGCGUGUCGGAGUACAUAAGCUUCAUCACCGGCGAGGCCAACGAGCGGUGCCAGAGGGAGCAGCGGAAGACGAUCACCGCCGAGGACGUGCUGUGGGCCAUGAGCAAGCUUGGUUUCGAUGACUACAUUGAGCCCCUCACCAUGUACCUUCAUCGGUACCGCGAGAUGGAGGGUGACCGGGCCUCCAUGCGUGGCGAGCCGCUUGGCAAGCGGACGGUGGAGCCACCAUAUGGGGCACCAGGGUUAGGUGCUUUUGUGCCGCCGUUUCACAUGGGGCAUCCCAAUGGCUACUUUGGAACCAUGGGAGGGUACAUGAGAGAGCAUGGGCAGAAUAAUAACGGAGGAGGAGGGUCUUCCUCGCAAGCUGAACCAAAUGGUCAAUACAAGUGA